AUGUAUCGCUUCUCGGAAUUGCACUUGGCAGUUUUCCUUCUUCUGGUGCCUGCCUCGCUCGCGCAGAUGACUAUAGUCAGCGCCGUGGACGAGAGCCUGAGGGAGGGCGCUGCGUGGCUGGAGGCCGGGAUCUCGCAGGCGGAGAAGGCGUCCAAAGUCACCCUGAAUCACGACGUCGUCACCGUGUCCCUGGAUAACGAGGAGCUGGGGCAAGAACAGCUAUGCUCCUCCAUCUUCAACGGCGCCGCCCUCCUGUUGGACGUCACGGCAGGAGGGUGGGCGUACGGGCGUGACACCGCUGCCGCCCACGGAAUCCCGUACGUGCGCCUGCAGAUCUCGAAUUACCAGUGGAUGUCAGCUGUGGACGAUCUUCUCCAGAGCAGAAACGCCACGGACGCUGCUCUCAUCUUCGGCACCGAGGCCCAGCUAGACCAAGCCCUUUACUACCUCGUCGAAGGCUCCGUGGUCCGAGUCAUCGUCCUCGCCGGGAUCAUGUCCAACACGACGGAGACGCUGAAGAAGAUGAGACCGGCGCCAUCAUACUACGUCAUCCUCGGCACUUCCAAGGAGAUUUCCACGCUCUUCGAUAAGGCCAUGCAAAAUGACCUCGUUACGCGAGACUCACGCUGGACACUCGUGGCGACGGACUACAACCCAAAGGUCUUCGAUCGCCAAAUGCUCUACGGGUCCACGGGCGUGACGGUGAUGGCGCCCACGGAACAGGUCUGCUGCGUCGCCAAGAAGGAGGUGUCGUCGUGUGACUGCAAUUCUCUCAUUAUCCCUCAAGAGCUGACCAUCAACGGCGUGAAGACUCUGACGGCGACGCUGAAGACUGACAAAAGGACGAACAUUCAAGGGUCCUGCGACGCCCCUCCAGAUACCCCGGCCUCCACCGCCUCCUUCUACAUCGCCCUCCAGCAGGAACUGGUAUCGUGGUACAACAUGAUGUGGUCGGCAGACAAGAUGCAGAUGACGCCCCAGCUCGAGUUCGUCAUCACAGCCAUCAACAGCUCGACCAGCGUGGCAGUGGGCACCUGGGCGACGAGUUCCCUCCUGACGCUGAACCCCAACUACGAGCACUCCCCCAUCAGGAGGUUCUUCAGGAUCGGGACUGUUAUGGCGCGGCCGUGGGUGUACAAGAAGGAGGGCAGCGCGGCCGCGUACGAGGGCUACUGCGUGGAGCUCUCGAAGAAGCUGUCGGAGCUGAUGACGUUCGACUUCGAGUUCGUGUUCCCGGAGGACGGCCACUACGGGGCGCGGCAGAAGAACGGCUCCUGGAACGGCCUCGUCGGCGACCUGGCCAACGGGAACACAGACAUCAUCGUAGCGCCCCUCACCAUGACUUCAGAGAGAGAGGAAGUGAUUGACUUCGUGGCUCCGUAUUUCGACCAGUCUGGCAUCUCAAUCGUGAUCCGAAAACGCCAGCGUCAGGAGAAUCUGUUCAAGUUCAUGACGGUACUGAAGGCGGAGGUGUGGGUAUCCAUCGUGGCGGCGCUGGUGGUCACGGGCAUCAUGAUCUGGCUGUUGGAUAAAUACUCACCUUACUCGGCCCAGAACAAUGCUGCUCUUUACCCGCCGAACUGCAGGAUCUUCACACUGAAGGAGAGCUUCUGGUUCGCCCUGACGUCCUUCACGCCGCAGGGGGGUGGAGAGGCUCCCAAGGCUCUUAGCGGCAGGACUCUUGUAGCGGCUUACUGGCUCUUCGUGGUGCUAAUGUUAGCGACUUUCACCGCUAACCUCGCUGCCUUCCUCACCGUCGAGCGUAUGCAGACGCCCGUGAGUUCCCUGGAGGAGCUAGCGGGACAAAGCAAGAUCAACUAUACCGUGUUAAAAUCAACGGCCACAGGACAGUACUUCCAGAACAUGGCGGCCGCAGAGGAAGAACUUUACCGGGUGUGGAAGGAACUCACUCUUAACAGCACGAGCGACCAGAGCAAAUACCGAGUGUGGGACUACCCUAUCAAGGAACAGUACACGCACAUCCUUCAAGUUAUCGAGGAGACAGGUCCUGUAUCACGCGCCGAGGAGGGUAUCAAAAAGGUCCUGGACAACGAGAACGGAGAGUUCGCCUUCAUCCACGACGCCUCCGAGAUCCGUUACGAAGUGUACCACAGCUGCGACCUGACGGAGGUGGGAGAGCCCUUCGCCGAACAGCCGUACGCCAUCGCUGUGCAGCAGGGGAGCCACCUGCAGGACGAGAUCAGCAGGGCGAUUCUGGAACUGCAGAAAGACCGGUACUUCGAGGCUCUCUCCGCUCAGUUCUGGAACUCGUCAGCGCGCGGAAUUUGUCCCAAUGAUAACGACUCGGAGGGUAUCACCUUGCAGUCACUCGGUGGGGUCUUCAUCGCCACACUAAUAGGUCUAGCCCUGGCCAUGAUCGCCUUGGCAGCUGAGGUCAUGUACUACAAGCGCAGCCCAACCAAGGUCACGGACAUAACACCCAAGAUGGCGCUCAAAAUGGCAUCGGGAAAGGACCACGUUUCCCGAAUUAAUGUGACGCCCGUGUACUGAUGGGGCGUGCCAAGUGCGACCCGCGUUUUCUCCAUUUUUCUUUUCUUGGUUUUG